AUGCCCGCGCUCCGGGCGGAGGCGAAACUGUUCGUGCCCGGGAUCGGUUCGGUGACGCCCGAGCGCGCGCGAGGGCGCGGACGGGCGAACGAUUUGCAUGAACGGUCACGCGAUGCGUUCGACGACGACGACGACGACGCGUCGAGCGGACUCGAGCUCGGGAGCGAGGACGAGCGCGAGGCGAUGGUGCGAGAGAUCGAAUCGACCGUCGAUGGAGAGACGUCGAGCGCGAUGGAGGCGGUGGUGACCGCGGAGGCGCGCGGCGCGGCGGAUGCGGACGCGCGGGCGCCGUUGCUGGGAAAACACGUCCGGUUCGCGGAUGACGAUGACACGACGUACGGAUCGGAGGCGACGUCGCCGAGGAUUGACGACGGCGCGCGUGAGGCGCUGUUGGGGGAGAGGGGUGGGCGUUGGGGGGUGUACGGGGCGAUGGAGGGAGAGACAUCGAAUGGAGACGAAGCGCUCGGCCGCGACGUCGCGGUGGAUGAGACGAUGGAGAGUGAGAACGCGGGGCUGGUGCUGGAUGUGAGCGAAGACGCGAUGGGGAGCGCGGCGGGGGCGCCGCUUUUGGCGAGCUCGAGCGCGGGGAUGGAGUACGGCGCGAGCGAGGAGGCGGUUUCGCCAAAGGCGUGGAGCGACGCGCGCGUGCCGCUGCUACCGGUCGUCAAGGAGUCGACGUACGGCACGGCGUCGCCCAUUCGUCCGUCGACAAAGGCUGGAAACGUUCAGAGGGUGAAAGAGCUCAAAGUGCCGCCGCCAAUCGAUGUAGAGACGAUUGAGCUCGUGGAGCACGCGCGAGCUCGCGAACUUCAGCGCGUCGACAAGGCGGCACAGACUCCGUUGCUGUCGAAGACUUCGAACCAUAACGGCAAUAGUCUGACAGGUUAUGGCACGAUCGAUGAUCCGAUGGAGCGGGAUUGGCUUCGGGAGACGCUCUCGCGCAACACCGCGCCGUACGAACGCUUCGAGGAGCACGAGGAGGAGACGGGGAGAGAUGAAGAAAUGCUUCAGUGUUCAUACGAAGAUAACGAUGAGGAAGACGGUGAGGAAGGCAACCUAGAUGAUGUACUCGCGCCGUCGGCUCCACCCAUGGAGUAUUUCGAUUUCGUACAUGAGCGCGCACUCGUGGAUGAUCUUUGUUGCGUUGUUUGGACCGUCGCUCGCGAGCGACUUGAUUUGCUACAACCGCUGUUUCGCUUGCAAGGGUCUGGUGUGAUUGGCAGAAUUACGCUGGAACAUCUGAGACACAUAAUGGAGAAGCUCGAGCCGCAAAGGGCGACGCCGCGCGCGCUCGAUCGCCUCGAAGCGAUGCUAUGCGCGUGCGGUUACACAGAGGACGUCACGCUCUCUGAAUUCGUUCACGCGGCACACGCGGGCACUCUCGCGGCGACCCGGCUUACAACGGGUUCGGGUGUUCAUGAUGCGGCUAUUUUAUGCGGCUACCUCGAUGAGUUGAUGUCCAGAACGCCUGCAUCGGCGCAGACGGCGCUCAUGUUGGGCGGCAGCAGACACAAGGCGUGGCUCGAUCUUCCUCGCCUCUUGGCUAAAAAUCUUGAACCGGACCAACUGUGCUUGCUCAUCGCCGUACUUGACAACGCCGACGCGCUCACGUCGAGUGGUCGCUUCAUCGACGUCACCGCGUACCAGCACUGGCUUCGUCGCGCAGCAGCCGCGCUGCACUCAUCACCCUUGCCCCGUCCGCCAUUGGACGUCAACCCGGCGCCAUCCGCGCCGCUGGCGCCGGAGCCAACUGCCGAAGAAAGUGCCGCGCGUCGAUCCCGACGCGACCGCUUGGUUCGCCUGUGGGAAGAACGCGACGCUCGUCGUCGUGCCCGCGCAUGA